AUGCCUCCUUCCUUCCAGAACGGCUUUGGCUCUUCAAAUGGCCGCGAGGAACGUGUGGAAUAUGGCCAGCCUGAUAUCCACAUCAACCAAGACCGGUUCCAUGUUGAGUCUCCCAAUGUGUCAUACACCCCAUCAGACAUCCUCUCAAAGUACACAUACAAAACAACCCGUGUUGAGAGAAAGGAAGAUGGAAGGUACAUGGUUGUGCCGAAAGAAACCAUCUAUAACUUCAAGGUUGACCGUAAGGUCCCUAAACUUGGCGUGAUGCUCGUUGGCUGGGGUGGCAACAACGGUUCAACGGUGACAGCAGGAAUCAUCGCCAACCGCCGUGGCCUGGUCUGGGACACGCGUGAGGGCCCACGCUCCGCCAACUACUACGGGUCACUCAUGAUGGGGUCGACUACGAAGUUGGGCACAGAUGCAGACACAAUGAGGGAUUUCAAUAUUCCUUUUAAUGAAAUUUUGCCAAUGGUCCAUCCCAAUGAUCUUGUACUCGGUGGAUGGGAUAUCUCCGGCAUGAAUCUGGCCGAUGCUAUGGACCGAGCUGCCGUUUUGGAGCCUUCAUUGAAGGUCCAAGUUCGAAAAGAAAUGGCACACAUGACUCCCCUUCCGUCUAUCUACUACCCGGAUUUCAUCGCCCUCAACCAAGAGGACAGGGCCGACAAUAUCAGACCAGGGAGUAGAGCUUGCAGCGCCCAUGUUGAAACCUUGCGCAUGGAUAUCAGGGAGUUCAAAAGGGCCCAUGAGUUAGAUAAGGUUGUUGUUCUCUGGACUGCCAACACGGAGAGAUAUGCCCAACUGCUUCCUGGGAUCAACGACACAGCUGAUAAUUUAUUAAAAGCAAUCGAAAGCGGUCACAAAGAAAUCAGCCCUUCAACAGUUUUUGCAGUCGCCUGUAUCCUGGAAAACGCUCCUUUUCUUAACGGGUCACCUCAGAAUACCUUUGUGCCAGGCGCUAUCGAACUAGCAGAGAAGCAGGGCGCUUUCGUCGGAGGUGAUGAUUUUAAGUCUGGCCAGACUAAGAUGAAAUCAGCCUUGGUUGACUUUCUCAUCAACGCAGGCAUCAAGCUAACAUCAAUUGCCUCAUAUAAUCAUCUCGGGAAUAAUGACGGCAAGAACCUAAGCUCAUAUCAACAAUUCAGAUCCAAAGAAAUUUCGAAAUCAACCGUCGUGGAUGAUAUGGUCGAGGCCAAUACUGUCCUCUAUAAAGAAGGAGAGCAUCCAGAUCAUACCGUGGUUAUCAAGUACAUGCCUGCGGUAGGCGACAAUAAACGUGCACUAGACGAAUAUUACGCCGACAUCUUCAUGGGCGGACAUCAGAUGAUUUCCAUAUUCAAUGUGUGCGAGGACUCACUGCUCGCGUCGCCGCUCAUCAUCGACCUGGUCUUGGUUGCAGAGAUGAUGACCCGCAUUCAAUGGCGUCUUCACGGCCAUGGAGAGUACAGGGGCUUCCAUAGCGUUCUCAGUGUGCUGAGCUACUUGCUCAAAGCACCACUGACACCACCAGGGACGCCGGUGGUGAAUGCGCUGGGAAAACAACGAGCAACUCUGACUAACAUCUUUAGAGCUUGCAUCGGGCUAGAGCCAGAGUCGGACAUGGCGCUGGAGCACAAGCUGCUUUGA